AGGAAGUCUUGUGGGCUCACCCACUGGGCACACGUAAAGUCGAUAUAACCUACGCAACGCCCUGUCUCGGCUACCAGUCUCAUCCUCCAUCACCAUCAACAACACCAGCAAGAUCACAACAAAGCUUCAGCAACGACUUCACCUCAACCACAACCUCACAACCAUAUCUCUCAAGAAUAAAGCAAUUAUCCCAACAACAGCAACAAUGCAGUUCUCCAUCGCCACUCUUCUCACCAUCGCGGCUUCUGUCCCCUUCACCUCUGCUUUAACCCAAAGCCAACGAGUACAAGGAUACCGACUGGACUGGAACUAUGGCCACAACUCCUUCCUCCUCUACGACGUCACCAUGGACGACACCACUAACUCGGUAUACCUGGCCAACGGGUACGGGCUCGACAGCAAGGCGAGGGGCUGGUACGGAUACUCGGAGAAGAGCAAGGACGGCGGUGUCUGUCAGGGCGUCAACCUCGGCCGUAUGCCGGAGGGUUGCGUCAAUAUCAACGAGGUGGCUAAGCUUGUGGGAAGGGUCAAGUGUGUUCAGUCGGUUAUCGUCUAAGGAGGAAGGGGAUGGUGAUGAUGUUGGAUAUGAGGAUAACAU